GUAUAACCAUGGCAAUAUUCCUAUAUUUCUGCAUUCUGCUCUAUUUCAUCUGCUGCUCUGCCACUGAGAAGAAUGUGAAUAAGGAUCUUUAUGGCAAAGAUGUGACAGCAGUUCCAGAAACACUGAAAGAUGGAGCCACAGAAUUGUCCUUUGUUGGCAGUCAGAUUGGUGUCAUACCAAAAGGAGCAUUUUCCCAAAACCCUCAACUAGAGUUAAUUGAGUUUUUUCAGACACCUACAACUUCUAUAGAAGAAGGUGCAUUUGAAGGUUUAGAACAUCUGAAAACCAUUGACAUUUCAGAGACCCAAGUGACAUCUUUACCUGUUGGUGUUUUUAAGGAUCUGACCAGCCUUCAUAAAUUGAUUCUGAAAUCAAGCAACAUUCAGAGGCUAGAAAAGGGACUGUUUCAUGAUACCAGGAAUCUUGAAAUACUCCGGAUGCAAGACAACAAGAUUUCAACAAUUGAAGAGGGAACAUUUGAUCACUUGGAGAAUCUCUCAGAGCUUAAUCUUGGAAAGAACAAUCUUACUUCCAUCUCAUCAUCCCUUUUUUCAAAGCUCAAUAAGCUGAAAAUAAUUAGGUUGAAUGAGAUCCAGCUGACAUCAAUGCCUGAUGGAAUUUUUGAUAAUCUACCAAAUCUGACGGAAAUACAAAUAAAUGGCAACAGAAUCACACGCAUACAACCGAAUUUGUUUCCACAUAAAAACAUAUUGACAACGCUGUUAUUAGACAAUAAUCUCUUAACUGAACUUCAACCUGAGCUAUUUAUGGGUUUCUCUGCACUUAAAAAGUUAAAGCUGAAUCACAAUCAGCUCACCGCUCUCCCCCCUCUACUUUUCACAGAAACGCAUAAUAUGACUGAAUUAUUUCUGAACAACAACAAUUUUACAUCCUUACCUGCUGGGAUUUUUCAGUCACUGAACCAGCUUAAGAAAUUAGACCUGUCCUCAAAUCGGUUUUCAACACUUUCUGGAGAUUUUUUUGAUGGACUUAAGAAACUUUCUGAGCUCAAUCUUCAGAAUAAUCUCAUUGAAGCACUGAAGUCUAAAGACUUCACAAACCUACAAUCUGUUUCUACCCUCAAACUGGAAAACAAUAAACUGAGAACAAUUCCAAGAUAUGUCUUUGAUUCUCUGCCAAAACUCAAAAAGAUACAUUUGAACAACAAUACAUGGCACUGUGACUGUAACCUGCUGCCCAUGUACAAGUGGAUGAAGGAAAAUCUGCCUAAGAUAAAGUCUUCUUCUCUAGUGGUUUGUGUGUAUCCUGAAGAGUUGAAAGACCAAUUAAUCACAUCUUUAAAAGAAGACCAACUGAUAUGUCCCACGACUCCAACUGUUCCAACAACUCUGUCACCAACCACAUCUGCCCUAAUAAGAACUACCACUUCUGAAGCCACUACAAGUACAGCACCAACUUUACUGACUAGAACAACACAGAUCACCACUCAAACAUCAACAUUCACCACUCGUUCCCCUACCACUGCAUUAGAAACCACUCAGUCUACAACUACACCAUCUACCACUUCUUUUCCUAUAACUGCUCUUAUGACAACCACAGAAAUCCUUACAACAACUGCAACUUCAACUACAGUAUCCACCACUAUAGCAACAACCACACCACCAACUACUCCAACCACAGAACAAACCACAGCAUGUACAGCUUUAACAACUUCAGUUACCACAGUUACAAGUCCAGAGGCCACAUCAACUAUAGCACCAGUGUCCACCAGACUCAAGACAUUUGGGUGUACUAGUUUCUCGGACUUUCAGGAUCCAUCUUCUGACAUGUUUUCCUCCUCACCAGCAGACAGAGUCUUAUCAUGCAAAGUUUUGAUGAUUUCCUACACAACAAUGUUGAUAAUAGAGAUCUGCUGUACAGUGGUACUCGUUAAGUUCACAUACUCACUGUAUUGUUUUCUCCAGGAAAGAGAAAAGCUUUAUUGCACUGUCAACCUCACACACUUUUCCUACACUAAAUCUAUUACACUCAGACCUCUUCAAGAAACUGAGACUGUGGCUCUAUGAGACUGUGGUUAUGUGGUUAAGUAUUCAUCAUAUUGGACUUUACCAGAUUUAAUAGUCUUAGAAAAUGAAAUUGAUUUAAUUGGUCCAUAAUAUUCAAGUGUGUGUGUGUGUGUGUGCGUGUAUGCCUUUUGCAUAAAACCCAGCUUUGUUGUGUGUUCAGGCUAUCAUUGUCCUGUAAAGAGCUUAUUCCAUCUGAGCUGUGGAAUUCUCAAUUUCCUUCAGACUUAUCUUUUUGCCUCUUGUUUGCUUCUCUGACUAAUGCAUCCUUAUGUGGUCACUGAUGCUUGGUGGACAGCCUCCACUAGGCAGAGUUUGUAAAUAAUUUGCAAACUAUAUAUUGAUUUCCUCCCAAUUUAAUUUUAUGGGUUUUAAUCAACAUUAGAAUAGAGCCUUUGUUAUGCUUAUUUAUCUUUUUUUUAUUAUUAUUGAUCUUUUCCCCCCUUAGCAUUCAUUUCUAUUUUUUGUAAUUAUAUAAAAAUAGUUGAAUGUGUGCUACACUUUAUGGCCAAAAGUAUGUGGACACCUGACCAUCACACACCUAUGUGGACCUGUUGCAACAAAGUUGAAAGCAAACAUUUGUCCACAAUGUGUUUGCCUGCCAUAGCUUUAAGAUUUCAUUUUACUUGAAUUAAGAAGCCCACGCCUAUUCCAGCAUGACAGUGCCCAUGGGCACAAAGCAAGCUGUAUGAAGAGAUGGUUUGCCAAGUUUGGAGUGGGAAGAACUCAAGUGGCCUGCACAGAGUCCUGAUCUCAACCCCACUGAACACCUCUGGGAUGAAGUGGAACUUUGACUGCACCCCAGGAAUCCUCAACCAACAUCAGUGCCCAACCUCACUAAUGAUCUUGUAGGUGAAUGGGCAGAAAUUCCCACAGCUACGCUCCAAAAUCUAGUGGAAAGGCUUCCCAGAAGAGUGGAGGUUAUUGUAACAGCAAAGAGGAGACCAACUUUGAACUUGGAUAUUCAACAAGUAUUUUAUGGGUAUGAUCAACAGGUGUCCACAUACAUUUGGACAUUUAGUGUUCAUUGCAUCGACUUUCCAUCCUGUUCUGCAUGGCAUGGUUGCAAUUUUAACAGACUGAAAAACAUUAUUAAUGUAUGUGCUUUAUACAAGGUUACUGUGUGACCACACAAAUCACGGCAUAUGCAACCGUAAAAAUUGUAAUAUUUUAUAGAAUCAGUUAACACUUAAGGACACACAAAGUAAUGAAUUCAUCUAUGGUUUAUAAUAACUUUAUUGUCACUAUUCAAGUACAAUACAGUUGGGCAUACUGCAUAUACGGUACUGUGCUAAACACCUGUACAGUAUCUUAAACACCAUGAUUUAUAUAUAAUUUGGUACAUGUUUGUAUGUCAUUAAAUAAAGUAAUAUUUUGAAGGCAAAGGGUGGUUAAUCAUUU